AUGUCCGACGGCAGCCAUGGGCAACUGGUUGGCUUCCUGCUUUUGAUUGCCGGCCUCCCUGCAUACGAGGCAACGUGUGUGGUGGUCGGCACGGAUGCGCCAGUGCACACGACCCUCGAGGGCCAUGCUGCCUGGUCCAUCGAAUUCGGGGGUGGCGUGAAGCAUGGCUAUCUGGACGACAGCCGGCUGGUGAACCUUUGCAAAGCACUCGGCCCCUCCAUUUUGAGAGUCGGAGGGUCCAGCCAAGAUGAGGUGACCUAUGACUUCGGCGUUAAGCCGCAAGAGGGUACCUUCGGCCCUUCCGACAUUGAUAAGGUCUUCAGGUUCGCGAAUGCAACAGGCUGGCUUAUCGUAUGGGGACUGAGCUACAUGAGGCGUCCGGAGAGUGCAACGUCAGUUCCCGGGCCUGUCAACUUGGCUCAGCUGGCCCAGGUACUGCAGUAUCACUUGGAGCACGACCGGCCUUUUGGAUACGAGCUGGGAAAUGAGCCAGAUCCACAUUGCCCCGAUCCGAGCAACCCUAAGUGCUCGGUAUCCGUGAAGGAACACGUGCAGGAUGACCUCAUGCUCUCUCAGCUGCUUCAGUACACAUAUGCCUUAGCAGGAGUUGGCAGCGACCAUCGCCCCCUGGUUAUAGGACCUGAUGCAGCUCACUGCUGUAAUUAUCUGGAGAACUUCACUGCCGCUGCAGCAGCUGCCAAGUGGGAGCCAGACGUUCUGACCUGGCACCACUAUUACUUUGACAACCAGUCCCCAGUAUCUAAAUUUGUCGACCCACGGACACUGGACUCCCUCCAGUCCUUGGCAAACUUGACUGUGGCAAUGCGAGACAAGUACACUCCGCGAAGCAUGCUCUGGGUCGGGGAGAGCGCCAGCGCCUGGGGUGGCGGUGUCCCCAAUGCCUCGGACCGCUUUGCAGCUAUUUUCACUGACCUGGACCAAGUUGCCACCCUGUCGAGGCUGGGAUACACCGGCGUGGUGCGGCAGGGGCUGUUCGGCAGCGGAGGGUAUUCGGUCAUCUCUGCAGCUGAGGGGUUGACACCCAACCCGUCAUACUGGGCAUACUUGGCAUACAAGCGUUUCAUGGGUGCCAGAGUGCUAGAGGCCGGGGAGCUGGGCGGCUACGUGAGGAGCUAUGCGCACUGCCACCCGACUCUUGCUGGUGCCAUAACUGUGAUGAUUUUGAACGUUUCGCCGAAGCCGAGCACGGUCACGGUGCUGCUAUCGUCCGUGAGCUUUGAAGCAGGACCUCCAAAUUCUUGGACCGAAUACCACCUCACGAUGCCGCCAGCAGCCGGCAUGAACCUUACGACUACAGACAUCGCCGUGAACGGGAAGGUGAUGAAAGCGCACGAGGAUGGGACGGUCCCUGCCUUUCUCCCCAAGCAAGGGGGCGGAUCCGGUGGAGUGACCCUCAAGCCGUAUUCGGCUGCCUUCUUAGUCUUUGAGAAGGCACAAGCACCUGCAUGUAGUGGCGUGGAGACGGUACUUAUAUAG